GGGCAAACGUACUCUCAUAUCAAAUGUCAUGGAUUUUUUUUUCUCAACAAAAACCGUCACUUCAUCUUGUUAUCAGUUAAAUUUUUUUCAUUGAUAACUUUAAUUAAUUUUUUUUUUUCAAAAUGAAAUUUUUGUCCCAGUUUUCGCAUGUAAAUCGAUGUGAAUAGUUUGUAGUUGUUUUAAUAGUUUGCCGGAGUGUAGACCAUUUCUUUGCCGAUGACAUUACUAUUGUCUGUCAUCGUUGAUGUGUGUAUGAUGUGUGAACCGUAAAACUUUCUAUUUUUUUUAUCGAAUAAACACACAGAUAGACAUUGCCGAAAUUGAUAGAAAUUUACGAUAUUUUUACGAGACUUUUAUGUGAAAAACUCAUAAUUUUCAUGAGCAAUUCAACGAAAAUAACUAUUGACCCACACCAUUCAUUCCUCCAUAAUUGAAAAUCCGUAGAUAUUCUUCCGAAAAAUCGCGCAUAGUUCAUUUGCCUAAGGAAUUAAUUAAAUUAGAUUGUUGUUGUAGUCAUAAGUGAAAAUUGUUUAAUGAAAAUCAUCGGCCGAACAAGUGCGUAGAUAAAGUGAAAUUUUAAAUCGAAAAAGAUGAACAGCUUGGGUUGGGCGAUUAUAUUCAAAAUGGGCUGUUGGUGCUCAAAAGAGACCAUCAUCAUCGGCGGUACCAAAUAUGUAGUUAGAGAGCGUAUAGCGCAAGGGGGUUUUAGUUUGAUAGAUUUAGUGGAAAAUGCGACAACCAAACGAAAAUACGCUUUAAAACGAAUCACCUGCCACAGUAUCGAAGACCAAAAGAUUGCGAUGCGAGAAGUGGAAUUAACACGAUCAAUUAAGCAUCCAAAUGUAGUGGAAAUUAUUGACUUUGAACUAAAAGGCGAUGCCGACAUAGUGAUAAACACCAUUAGCCAUGUGUACAUUCUCUUUCCAUUCUUUAAAAACGGGUCGCUACUAGAUCAUCUGAAUAUGCGAGCUAAAACCAAAGAUCAUAUGGCUGAAUCGCAAGUGUUACAAAUAUUCUUGGGCAUUUGCGAGGGAUUGAAAGCAUUGCACGAAGCUAAACCUGAACCUCUAGCACAUCGUGAUUUGAAAACAGCCAAUAUUUGUUUGUCUGAUUCGAUGGAGCCCAUUCUAGUCGAUUUGGGAUCAUGCACGGAAGCACGAGAACAGAUUUGUGGACAACACGAAGCCCAGAGACUUCAAGACCAAGCUGAAGAAAGAUGUUCAAUUGUUUAUCGCGCACCGGAAUUGUUUAACGUCCAAUCCUACUGUAUGAUCGACGAAAGGACAGAUAUUUGGUCGUUAGGCUGUUGUUUGUAUGCAAUUUGUUUCUUCAAGUGUCCUUACGACAUUAUUUAUGAGAAAGGUGAUAGCGUUGCAUUGGCCGUUCUCAGUGGGAAUGUUGAUUUUCCGACAGAUUCACCGUAUUCGGAGGAUAUGCACAACUUGAUCGCAUUUAUGUUGAGAAUUAAUCCAAUGGAACGCCCGUUUAUCUACUCCGUUCUCGAAGCAGCCCAAAGUCUGAUAACAAAAUUGGAAAGUCGCGUUUAAAUUUAUGAGCAUUCCACAUCAUUUUCCCAGAGAGAGUGAGAGAGAGAGUGAGAGAGAGAGUGAGAAUGGGCAAAAUGCACCUAGCAAAAAUACUAUAGUCAAUUGUAUAUGAGAUUCUCUGAAAAUUCGCAUUUGUAUUGUAAAUAAGGACUAAGUUGUAAAAAUGUUAAAGAAAAAUAAGACUAUUCAAGGAGUAAUAACGCUUGAAACAAUAACAA